ACACGACCAACAUGGCGGAACAGACAGAAAGGUCUUUCCAGAAACAGAAGAAUGUAUUCUUGAAUAAGAAACAGAGUUUACUGUCGGGCAAAGGCAAAAAGAACCUACGAUUUGUCAAGUCGAUUGGUCUCGGAUUCAAAACACCCCGAGAGGCUUAUGAUGCUGCCUACAUUGACAAGAAGUGUCCUUUCACUGGUAAUGUGAGUAUCAGAGGACGGAUUCUCACUGGAGUGGUGAUGAAGAUGAAGAUGCAGCGGACCAUCGUAAUCCGUAGGGAUUAUCUCCACUAUGUGAAGAAGUACAACAGAUUUGAGAAGCGACACAAGAACAUGUCUGUUCAUAUCAGUCCAUGUUUCAGAGAUGUUGCCCUGGGAGAUGUAGUGACAGUUGGAGAGUGCCGACCCCUCAGCAAGACUGUGCGCUACAAUGUCCUCAAGGUCAGCAAGGGUGCAGGCUCAAAGAAGGGCUUCUCCAAAUUCUAAAUGUACAGCCAAUAAAAAAAAAUACCAAGAAAA